ACCGAUCCGGAGCUGUUCUUGCUGAGGAAUAUUCGGUUUCCUCUCCGGCCGCGAUGAGGUCCUCGUCCGCCGCCGAUUUCCCCGACGCCCCGGCAUCACCAAGCUCCCCUGCCACGACGCUAGCCCACUCCAGCGCCGGCCGUCACUUCUACCUCGCCGUCGACCGCCUUCAGUUCAAGAUGAGGACAUUGUUGGAGCUCUUAGGAGUUAUCUCGGAUCGCCACGGCGCUCUGCCCAUCUCCAUAUGUGUUUCAUCCCGGGAUGAGCUCGAUGCCGUCUGUGCUGCUGUUGCAAACCUCCCCUUUGCGUCCUCAUCACCGCUGUACAGUGAUCAGGCUGAAGCUGAGCGUGCUUCUGUUCUUGAGAAAUCUCGCCGGGCAGCAAUACAGCGCAAUCAGAUUGAAAACACUGAUAUUGCUGGAAGUCCCAAGCCCGAAAGUUUGGUCUCAAAGCUAAGCAUUGCAGUAGUAACAGAUGCUUGCUUGCCUUCAGCGGCAAUGGGAGAGGCUCCACUUAUGGCUCGUGUGCUGAUAAACUAUGAGUUGCCGACAAAGAAGGAAGCUUAUUUAAGACGUAUAUCAGCAUGCUUGGCAGCAGAUGGAAUCGUGAUUAAUAUGGUGGUUGGUGGUGAGGUAGCUCUUCUGAAGUCUCUGGAAGAAACCAGUGGAUUCGUGAUUGCAGAGAUGCCAAUACAUGUGUCUGAGAUAUUAUGACAGCCUCAAUUCGUUUCAGAAGUUACUAUUGUAAUUCAGGACUAACCACUCCAGGUUCCACCAGUGCUACUUUGAUGUUUGAAAUUACUCUUUGGUUCCUUCAGAGUAUGUGAGCUGGUCUUAUUAUUAGGUUUCAGAAUAAUGGGAUUGUUGUUUAUUGCCUCUAUGUACUGAGAAAUGGAAAGUUUUAGUAAACUUCCUACAUCAUGUGUAUGUUGUUGUCAACAAUUAUCAAUGGAAUGGAGAUUUUUUUUUCUGACAAA